CUCUCUCUCAAAUACAAGCGAAACGCAUUUAUGUAAAUGAGAAUAAAUUAUUACCAAAAGGCACGUCACAAUGGUGGAACAUUCAUACCUCAAAUGGAGGAGUAUUUCUUCGCGUAGAGUGUAGGACUAGCAACGUACGCCUUCUUCUGCACACACAGAGAGAGAGAGAGAGAAAUGGAUCAGAAGUUGGGAGAUUUGAGCCACCUCUUGGUGACAGUUUUCCUCUCAAGCUUUGCUAAUUUAAUGGUGGCACCAUCCAUUACCGAUGUCACCAUGCUGGCUCUUUGCCCUGGUCAGGAUCAGUGCUCCCUUGCAAUUUACCUCACUGGUUCCCAACAGGCGGUAAUAGGAUUGGGAGCGAUGAUAAUCACGCCACUGAUUGGGAAUCUGUCGGACGAGUACGGGAGGAAGGCAUUACUCACACUUCCCAUGACCAUAUCCAUUAUUCCACUAGUAAUAUUGGCAUAUAGCAGGACGACCAACUUCUUCUAUGCGUACUUCGUGUUGAGGACUCUCACUGCCAUGGCCAGCGAAGGCAGCAUCAAUUGUCUUGCUCUUGCUUACCUGGCAGAUAACAUCCCAGAAAGACAAAGGGCAUCAGCAUUCGGAAUUCUAGCUGGGGUAGGUUCAGCUGCAUUUGUAUGUGGAACCUUAGCGGCUCGUUUUCUUUCCACUGCUUCUACGUUUCAGGUUGCUGCGGUCGUGUCAAUCCUUGCAGCAGUUUAUAUGAGAGUUUUUCUUAAGGAAAGCAUACCCAAUGGGGAUGGUUUAAGGCAGCCGAUCUUGAAGGGAGAACCGGAUGAUUUUAAAUAUGAUGAUGAUCGUGUACAAAAUACUUCACAGGCCUUUAAGAGGAUUCCAUCAAUUGGGGAUCUGAUCUGCCUGAGAAGGAGUAGCGUGACAUUUUCACAAGCGACAGUUGUUUCCUUCUUCAAUAGUCUUGCAGACGGUGGAAUACUAGCUACGUUACUGUACUUCCUAAAGGCCCGUUUCCACUUCAACAAAAACCAAUUUGCUGAUCUAAUGCUAAUUUUAGGAGUUGCCGGGACCAUUUCACAGCUGCUAUUCAUGCCCAUAUUGGCACCUGUUAUUGGAGAGCAGAAGUUGCUUUCCAUAGGUCUCUUAAUGGGCUGUGCAAGCAUGUUUUUCAACAGCAUAGCUUGGUCAGUAUGGGUUCCAUAUGCAUGUACAUUGUUUUCGAUCUUCACUGUCUUCGUGCAACCAAGCUUACGCAGCAUCGUUUCGAAACAAGUUGGGGCCAAUGAGCAGGGGAAGGCUCAAGGAUGCAUUUCUGGCAUAAGUUCCUUUGCCAACAUUGUUUCCCCAUUAAUUUUUAGCCCUCUAGCAGCUCUGUUCCUGUCUGAAGGAGCACCAUUCUACUUCCCUGGUUUCAGUAUAAUGUGCAUUGGGCUUGCCACGAUGAUUGCCUUCAUUCAGAGCAUUAUGAUAAGGGAAGUGAGUUCAAGUGAUCACAAAACUGAGGGUAAUCACAGCAUGGAGGCCUAGUUCUUAUACUGUAGAGUUUACAUAUUCCAACAACUAUUUCUGUAGCCUUCGUUUUGUUCUGUUUCUGUCUGAUCCCCCAAGAAGCACAUAGAACAAGCCUAGUACCAAGAGAUAAACAGGAAAUGACUAUGCAUCAAAAUAUAUAUACAUCAAGAACAGCCUAUAA